UCCUUUAAGAAGAAGGAAGAACUCGCGUACAGAGGAAGAAUUCAGUUCAAAAAACGUACAGAGGAAGAAGAGCGUGAGGGCGAUCAUGGCAAUACCGUUGCUGCUUCUCAACUUCCUGUUUCCGCCGCCUCCUUCUCUCUUCGUCACGGCGAUGUCGGUGAUUAGCUUCGUGUCAACGACUCGUGCUGGCUUUAACGAAAUCAAAGGGAAGCAUUUGCAGUAUUCCAAAUUCUGGAAUGUCAAUCCCUCGGAGAAGAAGAAGAUUCAGCUGUCCGGUAAAUCAGGGAUGCUUCUGCUCUAUUCUCCGGCGUUUAUCGCCGGCGCCGCUUCUUUCUUCGUCUUUCCAAAUGAGAGUCUCCGGACAACCCUCCUUCAAGCUUCUCUAACCCUCCAUUUCUUCAAGAGGAUCUUGGAGGUUCUGUUUGUACAUAAAUAUAGUGGGAGAAUGAUUCUUGAUUCUGUAAUCCCCAUUUGCCUGAGUUAUUUCCUGUUCACUACUACUCUGCUGUAUGCGCAGCAGCUCACACUGGGGGUUCCAGAGCCACCAAUUGAUCUGAAGUAUCUUGGGAUUGCAUUGUUUCUCAUUGGCAUUACUGGCAACUUCUAUCACCAUUAUAUCCUUUCUAAAUUGAGAGAAAAUGAUCAGAAGGAAUAUAAGAUUCCCAAGGGUGGUUUAUUUGGCCUAGUGAUAUGCCCUCACUAUCUUUUUGAGCUUAUUGGGUUAUAUGGGAUUUGUCUCAUUUCUCAGACGCUCCAUGCAUUCUGCUUCACUGUGGGCACAACUUUCUACUUGAUUGGAAGAAGCUAUGUGACUAGAAGAUGGUAUCUUUCCAAGUUUGAAGAUUUUCCUCAACAUGUUAAGGCUCUUAUCCCGUUUGUUUGCUAAAUGUUGUUGAUGAUAAUAUAGUACAUGUUUAGAUUUUUGCUCAAAAAUCCAACUUGAGGUUUAGAAAACUCUGUUUAUCCUCCAAUCAUGUUUGGUUGCUCUGAAAAUUCCAUCCAUAAGCUGAAAUUAUACCCUUCCAAA